GUAAUUUGACACCACUUGUAAGCAUCAGCAGUCCCGGUCUGUUAAUAAGGCUGCAUUUAGUGCUCAUACUGUAUGUUAAAAUAAGCUCUUGUUUAGUUUGUUUACUAUUUCCUCAGACAAUUAUAUAGUUCUAUAUAGAGUUCCUAUAGCGUAUAUAGUUUUAUCUUUGCAUCUGUAAUUUCUCAUUUCAUAUUAUAACAUGUAUAUUUAUCAUCUUCAUUUGUUCUCUGACAGAAACCACAUUUUGUGCAUAUUCACGCAAAUAAACACUGGACUGGACAUGUUCACUCUGGAGUAGCUGCAGUUCUUUCUAACCGGAGAAAUAGGCCAGCUGAGUUCCAACCAUCCAACUGCGCACAGAAUAUCCCACAGCACUAAUGCGGAGUAAAGAACGCGACGAAACGUCAUACUGCGCGUUCUCGUGCUGCAGUGCGUAGGGAGACUCCCAACAAACAGCACUUUCACUUUCAUUCGUGAGGCGUCGGGUUUACUAAAGGACGGCAACUUAACUACCAAAAUCUGCUCGUAUUUUUUAGAAAUGAGACUUAUUUCCCCCUUAUUGUUCUGGUGUUUACUCGACUAUGGUGCAUCUGGUGUUGAUACAGUUAAAGUGUCGGUGAUGGAGGGAGAAUCAGUCACUCUACACACUCAUGUUGAAACAAACCAACAAGACAGAAUUAGAUGGUAUUUCAGUGACAUUCGCAUCGCUCAAAUCAGUGGAGAUCUCAGUAAGAUCUGUACAGAUGUUCAGUGUAAUGAAGGUACUGAGAGAUUCAGAGACAGACUGAAGCUGGAUCAUCAGACUGGAUCUCUGACCAUCAUGAACGCCAGAACCACUGACUCUGGAGUUUAUAAAGUACAGAUGAACAAUGGCAUCAUUACAUUCAGCGUUAAUGUCACUGGUGCAUUUGGUGUUGAUAGAGUUGAAGUGUCAGUGAAGGAGGGAAAAUCAGUUACUCUACAGACUGGUGUUAAAACAAACCAAGAAGACAGAUUCAGGUGGUAUUUCAAUGACACUCGCAUCACUCAAAUCACUAAAGAUCUAAUUAAGAUCUGUACAGAUGUUCAGAGUCCUGAGAGAUUCAGAGACAGACUGAAGCUGGAUCAUCAGACUGGAUCUCUGACCAUCAUGAACAUCACAACCACUGACUCUGGAAUUUAUAAAGUACAGAUGAACAAUGGCAUCAUUACAUUCAGUGUUAAUGUCAUUGCUGUUACAGAUUCAGGUUUGUCUACAGCAGUAAUAAGUGCUGGUGUUGUUGGUGCUGCUGUUCUGUUGGUUGCAGCUGCUUGUGUGAUUUGCUGUUGCUGCAGGAGAUCUAAACAAGCAAAUCAAAAUGGCAAGUAUUGCAUACAGCUGAUUCGACAAGUUUUAAUAUCUUUAAAAGUAUGUUAAAGUAUGCAUUUGUUAUUCUAAAUAACCAAAGUAACAUU